CAAAGCGCACCCCUCAGGCCCCGUUCCGCCGGACGCUCCCGGACCGCAUGUGCACCAGAAAUCACCACUGUCCAGGCGGACCAUCGACCGCCGCACAAUAUUUCGCCGGCGACGGUGACACGUUGAAACGCCGCUCGAGGUCGACGAAAUAGACGUUGCACGAGAGGUCCUCCUCCCGCGCCCUCGAAACCGGAUGCACCACCCCCAGCUGCCAGCCCUCCUCCUUCGACCGCACGUGGGGAACAACAGUGGACGGCUCCCCGCCCCUCUCAGCACGAAAAAGGACGGGUUGCGGCGACAGCACCGAGCUGUGCACCAGCGGGGUGACCGCGUGGAGACGACGCACGUGGCGAAGAGUCGUACUGCAGCCGACAAGAUUGGAAAAUCCCGCGGGACGACCCGGACGGGCCAAUCCCAGGAGAUUCAGAAGGCGAGAGAGAAGAGAGACGGACAAUGGGCGUGCCCAAGGAAAAGGGCCUACUAGAACGAGAGGCUGACACGCGACAAGUCGCGCAGCCGGAACCAACCAAAUUGCGAGUACACAUUGCCAUGACGCAGACGCGAAAGACUACAGCAGUACUUGACACCAAAAGCCAACAACAACCAACAACGCAACGGAUCUCGCACCCAGGGACGAAACAAGCGCCGAGGACGCCAAUGUCCU